AUGCGGAAUCAACAGCGAUGGCUUCGUCUUCUUCUACGCCACCAUUCUUAUUCCAGGAAACUCAUCACUCCUUCUCCGUUUCAGGUAAAUCACUCUCUUCGUUCUAUCACUUCUCCAACUAUCCCCUCACGUGCUUCUCACAUGCUCUCUUACCAACGCCUCACCAUUCGUAAUCUCUCCACGUCUGAAUUAGCUGUCGAACACAAAGAUUCAGAUCACCAAAUCGCUGUUUUAACCGACAUUUUCUCUAAACCUAACCGGAAUAGUGACGAAAUUAAGCUUGAUUUGGAUUCUAACAAUGUUAUUAUGACCCACGAUUUGGUUGUAAAGGCGUUGCGGAGCUUUAAUACUGCCCCUGAUUCGGCACGUAGGUUUUUUAACUGGGUUUUAGAGAGUGAUAGCGAGAGGUUGAGCUCAAAGGUGUAUAAUUAUAUGCUGGGGAUACUGGGGUCUAAUGGAUUUGCUAAGGAGUUUUGGGAUAUGGUUGAAAUUAUGAAAAGUAAAGGGUAUGGAGUGUCACGGGGUACUUUUAAUCGAACUAUUGAGAGAUUUGAAAAGGAUAAGCUGAGCGGCGAUGUGAAGAAGCUAAAAGAGUUGUAUGGUCCUGAGCUGGCUGAUAAUUCGAGCGAGGAAGUUUGUUCUAGGGUUUGCAAAUUGAUUCGCGGAAAUGUAUGGGGAGAUGACGUGGAAAAGCAGCUGCGAGGGUUAAAUCUCGAGUUUUCUAGCGAGUUGAUCACUGUGGUUCUGGAGAAGCUUGAAUGUGAAAGUAAUAAGGCUUUGAUAUUCUUUAGAUGGAUUGAAGAGAGUGGUCUGUUUAAACACAACGAGCGGACUUUUAAUGCUAUGGCUAGGGUCUUAGGUAGGGAAGAGUCCGGUGAGAAGUUCUGGAGGUUAGUUGAUGAAAUGAAAACUGCUGGGUUUGAAAUGGAAAGGGAAACGUAUAAUAAGGUUCUGGAAAAUUUUGUUAAGAGAAAAAUGAUUAAGGAUGCUGUGGACUUGUAUGAGUUUGCAAUGGUUGGCAUAAACAAGCCAUCCUCACAGGACUGCACUUUUCUGUUGAAGAAAAUAGUUGUUAGUAAGGAGCUUGAUUUGGACUUGUUCUCAAAAGUGUUGAGGGUCUUCACAGAAAGUGGCAAUUCAUUGACUGGUGCUAACCUCGAUGCCAUUCUCAAGUCUUUGACCAGUGUUGAUAGAUUUGGCGAAUGCGACAAGAUAUUAAAAGCAAUGAAGGAUGUUGGUUUCACACCUAGUCUUAAUCAACAGAGCAAAAUUGCUUUUCAUUUGGGUAGCGGUGGGAAGGAUAAGGAUUUGAACGAGUUUAUGAAUAAUAUAGAAUCAUCAGGCAAUAUCCCAAAUUCUAAAACCUGGACAUCUUUAAUUGGAGGGUACUGUGAAGCUGGUGAUCUGGUUAAAGCUUCAGAUGCAUUUGAAAUGAUGGUUGAGAAAGAAGGGUCCUCUCAUGCUGGGUAUGCUUUAGAAUUGUUGGUUUCUUUGCACUGCCGCAAGAGAAGAGCAAUUCAUGCCUUCAAACUUGUCAAGAAGAUGGUCGAGGAGAAAGAACUAUGUGUGUGGCAUACCACAUAUAAGUUAUUGGUAGGGAAAUUAUUGGCUCAACGGGGUUUCGAGGAAGCUCUGGAUGUUCUGCAUUUGAUGAAAAGUCAAGGUUAUCCACCUUUUCUGGAUCCAUUCAUCAAGUACCUUUCCAAGACCGGAACUGCUGAUGAUGCCCUUGCAUUUACUGAAGCAGUGACCGUGAAGAAAUUUCCAUCAACUUCUGUAUUUCUCAAUUUGUUUGAAGCAUACUUUAAAACAGGAAGGCGGAGUGAAGCACAGGACUUCCUUGCAAAAUGUCCCAGAUACAUUAGGAACCAUGCCGACGUUUUGAAUCUUUUCUGUUCCAUGAAAAAUCAGAAAGCAACUGCCACCAUUCCUGCAGCUGCAUAG